AGCAAAAUGAGCUGCGCAGCAGCGGGAGGCUUUGAGGAAGCAGCAAAUCUCUGUCGUCAAAAUCAUAGCGACUUGUGAGAUAAUUAACAACAACUAAAAAAUACAUCUAUAUUUGUACAGUCAAUGGGGGACUAGUCCAUUGUUCUUCUCACAGUUUCAGUCUGGUAGAGAAGUGUUUCUUUCUUGAUCCCACAAGCACCACUGUGAGCCUGUCUGCUGCAUAGAGUCGACUGGAAGACCUAUGUGUGUGUCAGACCCCAACACAAAGCCCCGCCCCAGCUUUCAACUCUGCACUCAACAGUUUUCUCGUUUCAUAUACUGAUGUAAUCACAGCGAUUUUAGUAAAGCUUAUUCACUUUCCACCCCAGCUUCCAGCAGCUCACAAAGGGAAAGUUAAUGCUCUAGGCUUGCUGCCCCAAAGCAAUCCGCUCAGCUACCCAGUGACUUAAAUGGCAAUACACCAUCCCAGCCAAUACUGGGUAGUUACCCCAAACAUAUAUUUGGUGGUACAACAUUAAGAUCAUUCAAUCCUGCCUGGUACCGCACACGACCAUGGCUGGAGUACUCUGUUGUGCAGGACGCAUGCUUCUGUUUCCCCUGUCAGAAAUAUGUCAGCACUGUUAAUGAGAGGGAUGUAGUUUUUACCUUAACUGGUUUUAACAACUGGAAAGCAGCACUUGAUCAAGACAAGGGGCUACAGAGGCAUGUGUCCAGCCACAACCAUGUACAUGCUGCAACCAUCUGGACUGAGCAUAACAGCAGAGAGGCCACAGGGGUGACUGUGGAUUCAAUGUUGGUUGGUAAAACACAACUUGAAAAAAAAAUUACUAUGUCAAGAGUAUUGGUAGUGCUAUAAGGUUUCUCUGUGUAAAUGAGUUGGGGCUCCGUGGGACUGCAGAAACCUUGAGAAAUGAUGCAGCGGGUAAUGAUGAUGACAUUGCUUCAGGUAUUUUUCUAAAACUGAUGGAAUAUACCUUAGAGAAGGAUGAGAAGCUAGCAAGCAUUGCUAAGGGUAUCCCAAAAAAUGCAAAUUACACAUCUAAGUAUAUCCAAAAUAAAAUUAUCCAAACACUGGCUGACAUGGUGCUUGGAGAGGUCAGGAAAAAAUAUGAAAGUGCUGAUUCUGCAAGGUUUUGCCUUAAAAGUGAUGGGACCAGGGAUAGGUGCAAUGUGGAAAAUUUGUCUGUGAUAAUACGGGUUGUCAGAAAUUCCAUGCCAGAGGAGCAUCUUAUUGGUUUGCUUGACUUGCAACAACUUGAUGCAGAGUACAUUACCUCUGAGAUACUGUUACACCUUUCUGAUGCUGGCUACAGUGCUGACAGUAUACUUAGCCAGUGUUAUGAUGGGGCUUCUGUGAUGAGUGGGGUUAGAGGUGGUGUACAAGCUCUGCUCCAAAAGAGGCUUGGCAGAUAUGUCCCAUACAUCCAUUGCUACAACCACCAACUGCACUUAGUGGUUGUGCAUGCCAUGCAGAGUGAGCCGUGUGCAAAAAGAUUUUUUAGCCUAUCUAGUUCACUCUACAACUUUUUUCACCACCACUAUGUGCUCAAUAAACAUGAUGCACCUUGCAUAAAAAAGCUGCUUGAGAUCGGAUGGACAAGCCACUAUGAGGUGACAAGGUGCACUGUGGACAAUCAAGAACAAAUCCUUAGUAUCCUAUCUGAGAUGACAGAGGAUGAUGAUGCUGCAGUUGACCUGUGCACCGAGGCAUCAGGCCUGCUAUGCCAAAUUAAGAGGCAUUACUUCUUUGAGAUUGGAAAGUUCCUAGUGCGGGUGCUUGGUGUCUUGAAACCAGCAAAUGCUAUUCUACAGUCUCAGUCAGUUGAUUUGUGCAGUGCUUCUGAGGUUGUUAGUGGAGCACUGGACUCCUUAAAAAACAUCCGUGAGGAUGACUGUUGGGGAGUGUCAUCUCCUGCUGAGGAUGAGUCACAUCCAACAAAGAGAAGGAGAACAAUGAGCAAACACCUGGGUCAAAGUGUUGUGCUCUCAACUUUGGGCCAUACAGACUCUGGUGACCCUACCAUUUCCCCCUAUCAGUCUCUGAAAAGAUCCCUGCUCAACAUCCUUGACAGGGCCAUUUCAGAAAUGGAAACUAGAUUUUCACACAAGAAUAUUGACCUGAUGACAACCAUAUCUAGUCUUGCACCCAAAUCUAGCGCAUUUCUAGAUUCCACCCUGUUGCACCCUCUGGCUGUGAUGGCUGGCACUGUAGCAGAUGUUGUAAGUCUGAAAAAUGAAGUUCUUGUGGCAAAACAGAUGCUGCUCAAAAAAUGUUCAAAGGAAACAGAUCUGUCCACUGUGUGUAAACUCCUGCAGUAG